AUGGUUGGUACAGCGCCUCUCCUACACCACAUGUCGCCAUACAAGGCAUCUCCUAAGUGGACCUUGAAGGGGGAGGGCUGUGUUGAAGCACAGCGCCGUUUGGACCGGCAUGCGAAUAAGGUUCCUGGUCCAGGGAAGUAUGAUAUCAUCGGUAGAGUUGACCACACGUCGAAGUUCAGGACCUUGGCGAGGUCAUGUUCGUUCGGAUCGGCAUCACGCUUCGUGGACGAGCGGAGACCAACCACUUCUCCGGAGAAGAAACAAAGGAGUGGUAUAGAACCUGGUCCUGGUGCCUAUUCUCCCCCUAGCGACUUCAGCGGUAGACCCUUUACCUCUCAUGGGAACAUCACUUUCGGUACGGGAGGCAGAAUGUUCCCCAAGUGCAUGGAGAAGAUGGCGCGGAACUCCCCAGGGCCGGGUGUUUACGAGAUUAGAAAUAAGAACCGCCAAGGGUCAGCAACCCUGAGCGAUCGAGCAAUUGGGGUCGCUGGUCGGCAUGAUUGGUACUACGACAAGGACAUUAUCGCCACUCGAGGGAAGCCAGGUCCGGGAACAUACGACUACAAGGUUGGAUCAGAGGAGCCGUGCAUGAGGUUUGGCACCAGCAAGAGGCCUCCUAUAUACCACAUUUCCUCUAGAGGGCAUCCCGGACCAGUGGCUCCGGUGUGCGGAAGCAUUGGCAUCCCAGCGAUCCAUGUUGAGUAUAGUGAUGAUAUCCAAGGUCACUUUGAGCUUGGAUACAAAGUUGGAUACGCCCUGCGAGACCACAUACGGGCCGCUCUUGAAAUUGACGCUUCCUUGUUGGAGCUGGUCAAGUGGCAUGAGAAUAACAGUUUGGGAGGUACGGAGGCUCAGCGGUGGCUGCGACUUUACAGCGAAAAUGCCAGGGAGGCGUACCCGAAAAUUCAUUCAGAAAUGAGAGGCCUGAGUCGGGGCACAGGUCUGCCCCUGGAUACGGUCCUGCUGGCCAACCAUAGAAGUUGGAUCGGUUGGGCCCAUAAUGAGGACUAUGAUUGGCCCAUGAGCCAUCGUCCGGGGUAUAUCAUCUACGCUACCGUCUAUGACUCCGUGGGGACUGGGAUCCAACAACGAUGGGCGGCCUAUACGUACCCUCUGGGGCUCAGUGGAUUGGCAGUGAGCGUCAACAGUGACGGCAUCGUGAGUACGGUCAACUCCCUCUACCCCACCGAGCUGGUCGUGCCCACUGAAUCACAGCCGGCCAUAGGACAGAUCAUUCUCGGAAGACACCUCUGCACCGCUACCUCAGUCGAGGAGGCUGUCCUUGUAUUGGGGGACCGUCGCCUCUCCACUGGGCAUGGGUACAACUUUGCCAACUAUAAGGACCCGAGCUCAGCUGUGCUGUACAUCGAGAGUGCGCCUGGCGGCGAGUUGGCCUCCAGGAACCUCACUGAGGAAGGCGCUGGAAGGCCAACAGUUCAUGCAAAUUCCUACAUUUUUCUAAAGGGCGUCGCCGAGAAUCCGGGCCCUAGUAGUGGGCAUCGCCUCGCCCGUUUUGAGGAGCUGGCUGGGAACGUGAAAAGGCCGGCAGACCUUCUCAAGAUUCUAUCGGACAGCGGUGAUGCUGAAUGGCCUAUCUUCAGAGACAGGGAGAAUGCUCUAUUGCAGAAGGACAGUGGGACUACCGACCUCACGGUUUUCAUCACCCUCUCUGGGGAGUGGCCUCGCAUAGAAUUAUCGGUGCAGUACGCGGCAUUUAAAAUGCGCAAUGCUUGUCGGAUCGGUUUCUCUUUGACCACAUCACUAGGGUGA